ACUAAUAGAAAAACCCAGAAAUUUUUCGAUUCAAUUGUUCAUUCAACCGCGCUUUCCUUCUUCCUCUUUUCUCAUAAUUUCAUUCGCCAUUAACACAAAAAGAGGAGAGAGAAAGUGGAGAUGCGUGGAAAGCAAGAGUGAAAAGGCGAUAAGAAUGGGGCUUUCCUCAAAAGUUCAUCUUUUCUUCUUAAUACUUUUGUUCUCAACAUUCUACUGCUCUUGCUUAGACUCUUCAAUCCGAACUAUCAGUUUGGAAAAUCCACACCUCUCAAUCAAACCUGUCACCUUGCAGGGAUAUACGCCCAAAGACAAUAAAGAAGUAUUGUCGUGUGAGCGUGUUCAUAUUGUUCCUUGCUCAAGACUUAAACUUGAGAGCUAUGCCAGCUCAAUUCGUCUUACAGUGGCACCUUCUGUAGUCAUUCCUGAGAAGUUACACAACAGAAUCCAGAUAUGUCUACACAAGAAUGCUUCAACUGGAAUGUGUCAGUGCGAAAAGGACGCAUGGAAACCCGUCCACAAGGGGAUAUGGGGCUCUAUGAUUUCUCCCUAUGAAGACAAAUAUAUUGAUGUGAGGUUUCUUGAUGUAUCGGGUUCAGUCACAAUCUCAGCUGAAGAAGAAUUUCAACGCUGGCGUCUCAUCAGUCUUGCAUUUGGAAUCUUUCUAUUACUUGCUGCACCAGUUGUUAGCAGUUGGGUGCCUUUUUACUAUAGCAGUACAAUGGCAAUCGGGAUACUACUUGUUGUCAUAAUCAUUCUUUUUCAGGGGAUGAAAUUAUUACCAACUGGCCGCAAAAAUUUCUUCUAUCUGACUAUCUAUGGAUCACUGCUCGGAGCAGGAUCAUUUCUUUUGCAUCAGUUUUCGAUGCUUGUAAAUUCCAUUCUUGUGAAUUUUGGCCUGGGUGAGGAGAUGCACAACCCGGUUUCCAUUUUUCUACUAGUUGGUGUUGUUCUCGCGGGAGCUGCUUUGGGUUACUGGAUUGUACGAAGAUAUGUUAUAUCAGAUGAUGGGAGUGUUGAUGUCGGAGUUGCUCAAUUUGUCAAAUGGGCAAUGAGAAUAAUUGCGAGUACAUUUAUUCUUCAGGGCACUCCUGAUACUUUGUUCGCAUGGGCAACAGUUGUUUUGUGUUGGUUGUUGUGCUCAUUAGUCUCUUCCAUGCAAUGGUCCAAUUCAGGGUACAGUAAUUUUCGUUGGAGAAAGGCUAGGAAGUUGGCUCCUGGGCACAAUCGUGCUGAGUUUCUUAGGAGGUCUUCGAAAAACAGUCCUCAAGGGAAGGUGUCGAGGUCUCCAAAUACUGCACCUAACCGGAGCAACUCUUCCGUUAGAGGUUUGACAUCACCUUCCUCUAAUAGGAGGAUGAGUGCUCAGAAGAAUUACUAUUCAAGCUUCCAUAAGAUGCGUAAACAAAAGAUGUCCAAGAAAGAGUGGGAAGAGUUUACACGGGAAUCAACCCAGCAAGCUAUGAUCGAAUUGACCUCUAGUCCAGAAUUUAGUGAAUGGAUGAUUAAGAAUGCGGAUCGAAUACAAAUUCGUGGUGAUGAUAGUUCAGAUGAUAACUCAGAUGAGACAGUUGGUAGUGGUUCAGAUUCUACAGACGAGACUGUUGUGGAUAAUGUCCCUCGGAAUGGUUUAUUCAGUUGGUAGUAAGAUGACUAGCUAGGGCUGUACAGACUAGAAAGUUUUGAAUACAUUAGUCAGAAUGAUAUUGAGUUAGGGGUCAAACUUGAGAUGGGGUUGGCAUGCAAUCUUGUUGUUGAGUACAAUUUGUAGGUGCAUAGGUUAUGAUUUUAGGAGUAGAGAUGUCAUGAAUUACAUUUCAAGUUUUGUCAAAUUUUAGGUGAAUCACUUGUAAGAUGUUUCUUCUUCUGUUCUUUUGUAGAUACAAUCAUUCAACUUGCACAAAUGAGAGUAUCAUGAGACUCUUGCACGUUGUGUAUCUUUGAUGUAAUCUGGCUCGGUAAUAUUUGAUUAACAAAAUUUACAGUCUAAUUUUUGUCCA